AGGAAUUCUUAAAAUCUUGCGUCAUUGGAUCUGAGUUUCAUAGUGAAUAAAAUGUCGCUAACGAGCUUGUUACCCGCACCAACACAGGUGGUGUGGGACAGAGAGGAUGAAGCACGGGAACAAAAAUUACGCCAGAGGCCUGUGUCAGCAUUGGUCAAAGCAUUUGUUACUGCUCCUCCAUAUGGACAGCGUAAGGGAUGGGUCCCUCGUUGUUCAGAAGAUUUCGGAGAUGGCGGAGCGUUCCCCGAAAUUCACGUGGCCCAGUAUCCGCUUGCCAUGGGAAUGAAGGGAAAAGAAACCACGAGUAAUGCUCUAGCGGUGCAACUCGAUGCUCAUGGAAAAGUAAAGUACGAUAUGAUCGCUAGGCAAGGGCAUUCUAAAGAUAAGAUUGUCUACAGCAAACUGAGCGAUUUAUUACCUUCAGAAAUAACGAACGAGGAGGAUCCUACUUUGCAACGCCCGGCCACGGAUGAGAUCGAUGAACUCACAGAAAAGACUAAAAAGGCGUUGGAGAAAAUAACGAGAUCGAAAAUUGCGGCAGCUAUGCCUGUGAGAUGCGCGGAGAAACAAGCGCCGGCUCAAUAUAUUCGUUACACACCAUCGCAACAAGGACAAUCGUUUAACUCUGGCGCCAAGCAGAGGGUUAUUAGAAUGGUAGAGGCUCAAAUCGAUCCUCUGGAACCACCGAAAUUCAAAAUAAAUAAGAAAAUACCAAGGGGUCCUCCAUCGCCUCCGGCGCCUGUUAUGCACUCGCCUACGAGAAAAGUUACGGUGAAGGAGCAAAAGGAAUGGAAAAUACCACCCUGUAUCAGUAAUUGGAAGAACGCUAAGGGUUACACGAUCCCGCUGGACAAACGUCUGGCUGCGGAUGGUCGCGGUUUGCAACAAGUUCACAUCAACGAGAACUUCGCCAAGCUGGCCGAGGCUCUUUACAUCGCGGACAGAAAGGCUCGCGAGGCGGUCGAAAUGCGAGCGCAGCUCGAGAAGAAAUUGGCCCAGAAAGAGAAAGAAAAGAAGGAGGAUCAUUUGAGACAACUCGCGCAGAAGGCUAGGGAGGAGCGUGCUGGUUUGAAGUCUUCCGCGGCAUUGGAUAAAUCGGAGGAUUCCCGAGAACGAGAUCAGCUCCGGCAGGAGAGGCACAAGGAUCGCGCUCGAGAGCGUAAUUUAGCACGAGCCGCGCCCGAUAAACGCUCCAGAUUGCAACGUGAACGUGAACGCGACAUCAGCGAGCAAAUCGCGCUUGGUUUGCCAGCGAAAAGCAUCCCCAGUGCUGGAGAGGCGCAGUUCGAUCAGCGAUUGUUCAACACAACCAAAGGAAUGGACAGUGGCUACGGGCACGAUGAUGAGUACAACGUUUACGAUAAACCAUGGAAAGAUUCUAAUUCCGUUGGCUCGCACAUAUACCGUCCUAGCAAGAAUAUUGACAAGGACACUUACGGCGACGAUCUAGAGAAGCUCGUUAAAACAAACAGAUUCGUUCCGGACAAAGAAUUCAGCGGGACCGACAGAUCUGCUAUGCGAUCUGGGCCAGUACAGUUUGAGAAGGACGAGGAGGAUCCUUUCGGUUUGGAUCAGUUCUUGAAACAAGCCAAACGCGCCAGCAGUUCUACCACGACUAACACAAAGCGCAAAGACGAACGCGAACAACGAAGAGACGAUCGCGACAAACGGAGGAAACAUUAAUUUUUCAGGUUGUUUAAUCGUUCUUAUUAUUUUAAAAUCGUUAUUCCCACCUUUAGAGUUCUUUUUCUAAACGUGCGUGUACUACACCGUUUAAGUUAGUGGAAAGUCGGGCGAAAUCGGAUUACGUUCGUUACGAUACGAUGACGCGUAAUUAAUCGUGCCGCCGUGAGUCAGAUUACAUUUUGUACAACUCCGAAUUAGCAAAAUUCAGUACUAAGAUAACGGAUGAAGUGCAAGGCGUAACUCGUUCCAAGUCGAUUUAGCGAAUUUAUCGAUUAUAUCGAUAAUUGUCGAAUGCAUCUAAAUAUCUCAGAAUCCGGAAAGAUUAUAUUCUUUUCUACUUCUUCGUACACUGUGCUACGCGAGUACGAGUUUUAUCUUUACAAAAAAAAAAAAUUGCAAAAUGUAUACAAAACAUUACUGAAUAUAUUAUUACACAAA